CUAUUACUUAACCAUUACAUGACCUGCCGCAAACUCUUUCUCAAUGCCCAGUUGAUCAUCGCCCCCCAUCGGCUUUCAAUUGCAGCUUUGGGCUCUUCAUUUCGCAAUAACUUUCUUGUUCAAACUUUCACAAAGAGCCCAUUCAAUCGCAGCUAUUCACAUUCCCGCCCAUUGCCGCGCAUCCAAAUCAUGGGCUCAGAGGGCUCGCAUAGCCCGUUACCUACGCAAGAUCAACUUGACGAUGAUAUUGCAUUUGAUUACCAUGAUCUUGACCAUGCCCCAGCUACCUCACAGGGCACUUUUCUCCAGGGCUCAAAUGAGAGUCUUGAACCCUUAGAGGAAUACCAAGAAGGUGGUUAUCAUCCCGUUCAUAUUGGAGACGUCCUCGGUCCCUCAGAUCGAUAUCGAGUCAUUCACAAACUUGGUCACGGAGGUUUUGGAACUGUGUGGCUCUGUCGAGACUCACUACAAGCCCGUUAUGUUGCGCUCAAGGUCAUGGUCAGUGACUUGAAGUCCGACGAGAUCCUUGACUUCAGCUUGGCGGAGCUUGACCAAUCCAUGCCUGGUGCGCAAUACAUUGCAUCGCCACUUGAUUCAUUCUCCAUCGAAGGCCCAAAUGGAAGCCAUCAGUGCCUGGCUCUACUACCCCUUGGGCCUUGCGUGUCGCCUCGUUUAUGGAUGCGCUUAGGAACAGGUCCUGCUACUAUCUUACGGAAAUUCGCCUACCAGAGUACGCAAGCGUUAGACUUCUUACACAAGAAUCAGAUCUGUCACGGUGACUUUCGCCCAUCCAAUAUUUUAGUUAAGUUGGGCAACCUGGAUCACCUCUCUGAGGAUGAGUUGCUCUCCCAAUUAGGGCAGCCUGAGGAAGUUCAAGUACAGACAGAGUCUGGAGAAGAACUCCCAGCAUCCAGUCCAAGAUACCUUGUACAGCCAGCGGACAUCUCCCGACUCGGGAACGAAUUCCUAACAGAAGAGAUCUGUGUCAUCGACUUUGGCGAGUCAUUCAGGUUUUCAUCACCGCCAGAAGACCUUGGUAUCCCCGAGAACUAUCUCCCACCAGAGAUUCUCUUGGAGUGGCCUGAGGCGAUUGGACCAGCCUGCGAUCUCUGGGCUCUUGGCUGUACACUGUUCGAAAUUAGAGAACAACUUCCGCUGUUCUACAUGAUCUACGACAAAGAUGAACUAUUAGCAGAGAUAGUGAGGUUCUUUGGCAAGCUGCCAGAAUCGUGGUGGGCGAAGUGGGAGGCACGCGAAGAGUAUUUUGACGCCGAUGGGAAAUGGCUUCGUGAUGAAGAGGACUGGUCCCUCGAAGUGGCACUGAGCAAACCAAUCGAGAUCUUCGAUGCGGGUGAGAAGUACAAAGAGGGACCGAAGCAGUCACUUGAAACACCUGAAACUGAGCAGAAAUUGUUGGCGGAUCUGCUGUAUCGGUUGUUCAAGUAUGAUCCUCGAGAACGGCUUAGUGCAGAGGAGGUUCUUAGACAUGAAUGGUUCAGACUAUAG